AUGGGCUUCAAUUGCAGCGCUCUGUGGCAUCGUGGAAUGACCAGCUGUCUGCCUGACAGUCCUAACUCCUUCACUCUGUCACCCUACCCUCGACUCAGGCCUCAUGACAGCGACCCAGUUCCCACAGGUGCCCAGCCUCCACCUCAGCCCGCUGCCACACCUCACUCGGGUGUCCGACCCCUGACCCCUCCCUCAUCUGCGCUCAUAGACAGGGAGCUGCAAGAGGCCUUCCAGGAAUGUGAAGAGCAAAUGGCCUCGCUGGGACUACUUACUCCCACAGAGCAGCCCGGCAUCACGCAGGAGACUGUUCAUGAUGAAGGAAAGAAAACUGUAGGCGUGACAGUUAAUAAGUCCAGUGAGUCAUCGUCACUGUCUCCAAUCAUAGUCCAGCCAGGACAAAGCAGUGGAGGCCAUGGAAACAAGGACACACAUGGAAACAGUGAGGCAGCAAACACUCAGAGAGACGUACUUGUGUUUAGUUUCAGGAAUUAUAUACUGGGCACUGACGAUGGUGCCGGAGCAGCAGAGACAAAAUGUGAAAUAAAAGUAACACAGGGCACAGAUGGAUGUGCAGAGAGUAAGUCAGAAAAAGAACGAGAGGUACAUGAGCAGAAGAGAACACCCUCAUCAAAGUCAGAUUCAUGUAAAGAAACCCCAGAGGACUUUGUGUCCCCUCAGCAGAGAGACGAUCUAAUAGAGGAGCGUGUUGAUUCUAAUGAAACCAUUGGGGAAAAUGGCAGAUUAGAUUGUAACACAGUGAUUAGGGACGAAGGCACAGAGGUAAUAACAGAGACUGCAUUCAUAAAGAAAGAAAAUAACAGUGAUGAGUGUAGUAUUAGUGUUUGUAUAGCUGAAUCUGAAAAGAAAGAUGAUUCAGUUAAUGAAAUAUUGGGAGGCAACAGACUUCCUUUAAAUGAUAGUGAUGCAUUUUCUGAGUUGCAGUCAGAAGCACAGACAGGAACAGACUUUGUGGAGAAUCGGUCAAAAACAGACACGCAGAUGAAUUCAGCGAGUCACGGACAGGCCGGGCAGAACAAAGAGACAAAAAAGAAAGACAAGAAGAAACAAAGGAGGAAGGAAAAGAAGAAUGCAGAGACUGAACAGAAAGCAAAGGCACUAGUACAAUCUGACAAUGAUUUUCAGGCUGAGUCACUCAUUCAAGCAGAUUCAGAGGCCAAAGCACAAUCAGUGUCAGGGGCAGACCUUGUGAUUUGUGGGGAACAGCCUGAUAAUGGAUUUGAUUACAAGCAACAGCUGAGUCCUGCAGGACCGCCCAGCCCCCGUCUAUCACCCUCACAGAGCAGAGAGGAUCGCCUUACUGACUGUUCACCUGCGUCCAGCCGGGGUCCUACUCUGAGGCCUCAUCUGUCAGAUAACCUCAGCCUUGCAGAUGCCCCAUGUGGCGAGAGCUCAGACAAGAACUCGCAGAGGAGGCAACAUGCAACCGGAGGUGUUAUCAAUAACCAAAAUACAACCGGGACACAUGUCCAAACUGCAGUUAUCAAUGCCUGUGCUUCUGCUGAUGAGAGAUCGGAUGCACAAACACAGGAGGUUAUAGUUACCACAGAAGCAGCAAAACCCACACAGGAGAAACUGAGCCCACUCACCAACAGUCCAACUUGUGUGGGAGAGAGUAACAUGGAGAGUGCCCUUGAACAGGCUAUAUUGGUGGUAGCUGCGUUGCCACUGACAACACCCACGAUGCCAGAAGUGAUAAAAAGCAAGGGAGAGGGAGAGAGCGUGAGUUGCAAUUCACCGGAGAGAGUAGCUACUGUAGCAUUUGCAGAGAGUGAGAAAGCAGGAGCAGAGGAGGGAUUGGGAGGACGAGAAAAGUGCCUCAGCUCUGCAGACGGAGAGAGAGAAGGGCUCCCGGACAGCCCUCCUCAGCUCCCAUUAAUCGGUUCACAGGGAAAAUGUGGACUUGCAUUCUCGGCCAAAGACAGACAGUCCGUGUCUGAGAAAGGCUGCAGCGGCAAAAUGCCACACAACUCGGCUGAGGGGGAAAUGAAGGGACCGCGAGAGACCAGCGUUCAUGUUGCAGACGCAGAGAGCUCGCCAGCCGAAGAAGGAGACAGAGAGAAGGAGACGCUCCUGUUAGAAGCGUACAUCAAUAAUUCUCCCCUAGGGAUACUUACUGGUCCUCAUCGUCAGGCUCACAGUGCUGUGGGAUUGGAGGGAGCAGAAGAGGGGGGAGGAGGACAAAGAAAGGAGGUGGAAGAGAAAGGAGGGCUUGCUACAGACCACAGUUCAUUCAGCCAGCCAGAAGGCUAUGCUAGUGGGGUGUCAUCAGCUGAGACUGAGAAGUGUCCGCCCACCGAUGUUGCAGAGUCACAGCCGAAGUCACAGAGCUGGAGGGAGCCGAAUGCUGCCGUCGCUGAGAGCAUCUACACCGAACAAGACCAUCACUCUAACUCCGCGCCGCUCCCCACUCAGCCUGAGCACAGCUCCAGCAAUGCAAACAAAGGGGUGAGGGCUGAUCUCAAACAGAAUUUGAUUCCAGGCGAAGCAGUGUCUUUGGGACACACUUGUGAGGAGUCAUCCAUCACAGAGACAGAGAGAAACGACAGCCAGCUCCUGCUCAAACCUCCGCCUCUGACUACUUCGCAACGAGACCCAGUCGAGCGGCAAACAAGCAACGAUCAACAGGUACAGCCUGAGAGUGGCACCACAGAAAGUGCAGCUGACAUCCAAGUUCAAGCCCACAGCAACACUGGUAACCCUGCUAUGUCCGGAGUGGCUGUGUUUGUGUGUGGAGGCAGCAGUGGAGGCAACCACAGAGUUCACUUUGCAGAUACAGUGAAAGGAGAGGGCAGUUCCUCUGUGGAUCUCAGGAACAGGUCAGUGCUGCCGAUGGACUGCGCCUCUCUGCCUCCCCUGAUUGUACAUGAGAGUUUGCAUCAUCCCGUGGUUGAGGCCAGCUACAUCUUCCCAGAUUUCCUCAGCUUGAAGAGGCCAGAAAUCCCCACCAGUGCAGCUUCUACCAAGGAUGAACCAACAACACAAAGCUCAGCAGACUAUCCGAAAGAGCUCGAGUUGGAUAAAGGAAAUUUGGCGACCAAAGAUACCAAGGAGAAUGUUGCGAUAGAUCCGUUAGGUAACAACAAGUCAGUGACUAACACUGUGGAUUUACAAUCAGCGAAAGAAGCCUGUAAAAAACAGCUUCCAUUUCCUACAGAGACGGAUCAGACUGGUAAUGAAGAAUGUUUUGACCUUUUAAAAACAGCAGGAAGUGCCAUCUCUAACCCUGAUCUUGGAACAGCUGGACAGGUGUCGACAGAGGAGCUCAAGCAAGAAGAGGCGGAAACAAUGAAAGAUCCUUUAAAUCUGUGUUUGUCAAAGGAGAACGAGAUGAAUAAGUCCCAGGUUGACUCUAUAGUUUCAGUCAAGCCUGACGAGUCUCUUUCACUCAGUGAUGCCGCUGUCGUUCGUGAAGAAAAAGAAGGUAACCAACCCCCCCUCCCUUCAAGUUCUGUGUGUCCAGCUGAUAAUGUUACUUGUGAGCCUCUAAGUGAAACCUCUGCUGAGGUACCUGUUCGGACGAUCUUUACUGACUUUGACCCCAGUUCAGAACCUGUAACUGUCACUUUAGCCUGCACUGCCUCUAUUCAGACGACGCCCAGUGACCCCAGUGACCCCAGUCAUCAGCACCCUACCCCGUUAGAUCAAACCGAUCCUUUGAAUGAUCAGCAGAGUGAAAAUGAAUCAGGGACUUCAGAAGUGGCAGUCUCUGACCAGUCGAUUCCUGCUAUCGAUCAAUGUGCCAGUAAUCCUGCUUUUGUGCUGCGGCCCCCUGGCCCAAUGUUGAGUCACUGGGAGUUCAUUAAUGACUGUGGUAUCUGUCUUCCUGAGGAUACAGAGAAGCGCAUUGCUGAUGGUGACGGAACCAAAGUCUCUGGAGAUGUGGAGAAUAGCAAGAGCGGGGAAAUGACACAUAUGUCUUUAGCGUGGGAUCUGGAGCACGCUGAUGUCAGUGCUGAAGGAGAUGAAACAAAACUGCAGGAUAGAAAUUAUGCCACAGAGGCGGAGAUCAAAAAUAAUGUGAUUAAUGAUGUAAAUAUUCAAUUUUCACCAGAGGGAAAUCUGUUUCAGCCUCUUGAUGCAGUGGGGGCUCCUGAAAAUGAUGACUAUGAUCAUUUGAUUCCUUUAUCUCAAACUGAAUCUGACCCUAUUGCAAUUAAGCCUGUUAUCUGUGAAGCUUCCAUUCGGAAUGACCUCAUAAAUGAUGUCUGCCCACUCAGCUCUGACCCGCCUACCAACGAGGCUGAUGACGUGAAAAAAGACAAUAUAAAAGGAAAAUGCAAAAUGGAAUGUCAUCCGUCAUCUGUGCUGUUUGAAGGAGACAGGAAAGAAAUUAAAGAAGCAGCAACGGGAAAUCAAAAGGAAAAGGAAAGCAGUAGGGAGCUGCUGAUAAGAAAACCACAAGAGAAUAAUGGACCAGAUAAAGAGGCUGAAGGGGAAACUGGAGACCUGCAGCCACCACAUAAACAUAUAGUAGAAAACAAUGAGUCACCAAUAAGGGAGGAAGGAGAGGGGAAGGGUGGGACUGCAUCUGAAAGUGAGACCGAGGCUUCUUGCCUUUCCCCAGACAGACCUGCAGGGUCGUCUAAAUACACACUCAACACAGAGUCUGUUUGGGAACCACAGGCUGUUUCUGAUCCGAGUUUGUGCCAAACUGCGACAGCAACACUGGAACUCUACUCUGACAGGGACCUGGUACAAGGUUUGAAUGCAGCCUUUGGCCAAUUACCAGAUCCAAACUGUUUUGCUCAGCAACAGGAGCAACAGCAACAGCAGCGUCAGGGAUGCAGGCACCCCACAGCGGAGGUAUCAGGUGGUUGCCUAGAGGGGGGAGAAAAAAAGGAGAAGGCCGAAGCACUGGUUCCAGGAAGAAAAGAGGCAGAAGAAGAAAGAGACGGCGCUGUCGAGAGUUUGUGUCAGUCAGAAAGCAGGAAGGAGUUGAUACAUGAUGACAGCAGAGGCUCAGAACAAGUAUUAGGUCUGGAGAAAGAAGACGCAGAGGGAUCACAAGCUGUAAAAGGAGUUGACAGGGUGUAUGUGCCAUUUCCCACCGGCAGUGAUGUAAAUGAGAGUGGAGGGGCUGCUGAGAGAAACACACCGACUGACAUAGUGACAGGAACAACUUGCUCUCUUGUAGGUGAGACAGGCCAGUCGGUGGAUGGGGGUAAAAGCCCUGGGUUAGUGGCAGUUGGUUCAGAUGAAGAUUUAAUGCCAAGCUCCGAGUCUCUGAGUGAAAUGGUUGGUAAAGGUCAGCAAAAUGGAAAUCUGUCAGCUGCGUGUCAAGACCAACAAGAGACCACAAUGAACACUGCUGUUCCUCCAGAGUCUGCAUCCCAGGUACAUGAGACUUUACCUUUCAGGAUACCGGCUUCAUCAAAGCUCAGCACAGAUAGUCAUGACAUUCAUGCCACUGUUAUUCCGACUGCAAAAGAGGCUGAGGAACCUCGUACAGAAACAUUCAGUGCCCUGCCUGAUCCUGAUGGGCAACCAGAAACUGUGGAAAACAAUGUUAGUGCUGCAGUAACUGUGAAAAGCAAGUGUGAA